AUGGUGUUUCUUGCAGUUCAUAGUUUUGGACCUUACAACUUUCACCAAGAACAUAACAAGUUCAAAGGAUUGCUAAAUGGUAUACACUCCCGAUGCAAGCAAUGCAAAUCAUGGAGUAACUCAAAACAUGCAGUGAAAGCAUUUGUUGUAAGUAAUAUUGUAUACAGUGGUGCUGCCUGCUUGAUAAUUGGGGUGGCGAAUAUUCAUAUCUUCGUGUUCUUCGGCGCCACUGAGAUUGUAUAGCACUCGUUCUCAGGCUAUUGUGUGUGGGCAUUUGACCAUAAUUCAGAAGUGGCUUAUUACCACAGGAAAACACCACUUCUUGCCAUGAUCCUAGGAGGAAAGAUUAAGAAUCUCCCAUCUUUCCCAGAAUCCGUUUUUAUUAUUCGUAUACUCUUGCACUGCAUUUUCUAAACAUUUUAAUCAUAGUAACAUUAGACUAGUCUGUGUUCAGCCUGUAUAGUAUACUGUAUUACACUCUGUGAAAAUUCGUGGUAUUGCUUGUCAAUCCCCAGAUCAGAUCUGGAUAGUUGAUUCUGAUUGGUCAUAUGACAGAACUAAAAUGGAUUCUGAUUGGCUGGACUUAAAUAUCAACGAACUUUCAAUUGACUUUUAUUUUAAAAUCGAAAUAAUACUUUCUUGACACUUGAUGUUCAUUGUAAAUUUUACUUCAGAUCUCCAUACAGUAUAUGCUUCAAACUACUAAAUUUUCGAUGCAAAAAUCUUUCUAAUGUAUUGCAGAUUAAUAUGAUAUCCAAUUGAGCAAAUUAAAUGCAACAAGUAACCUUAAUUCCUGAGCGUGAUGUGACUAUAGUUUACGUUAUUCAAAGUAAGAACUUUGUCAACCUUUGAACUCAGCCAAUCAAAAUCUACUGAGUUUAACUAUGAUCAAUCAGAGCCAACUACCCAGAUCUGAGUAGUACAGCUGGGAUCGACAAGCAACGGCACGAAUUUGCACACCCCGAAAACGGUUAACAUUUUUAUUCGACAUUUCGACUAGCUUGCAGUCAUCAUCGUCAUUCCUGAUGAUGACUGGCAAGCUAGUCGAAACGUCGAAUCAAAAUGUUAACCGUUUUCGGAGUGGCCAUUGUUUUGUAUUUUUUUAAAUUACUCAGUGGUAACCGUAAAAUUUGCACACACUAGCUGUAUUGUACAUCAUAAUACCGUCUGUGCACAGGCUACAUUAGACUGACUCCAUGCAUAAGCACAAUUGUUUUGUGGAAUGGUGGGAAAUUUUCAAAUAUCAGGAUAGGAGCGAUGUAUCAUAACAGAAAGACUGCGAGGUCUUGACAAGUGAGCCUAAAUACAGUACUUGACCAAAUAUUUUGCAAAGAGUCAGUGGAUGGAAUAAUCCUCCUCUAUCGAAAAUGAUGGUUCAAGUUUGUAACAGUCAUGGAUUGCGUUUUCUAAAGGUAUAAAUGUUUGUUUUAUUACAGGAUCGUCAACAACAAGUAAAACAUUUAAUGCCAAUUAAAACGUAUAUUGCAGAAUGUCUGGACAAAAUCCAGGGUGUAAUAAGAGGUAUGUAUCAUUUAAGUCUACUUUGGUUUCGUCGAAGUCAAUUUUGCUUAAUUAGUUUAUUCAUUAUUUUAUUGUUUUGUAUUGUUUUAUGUUGUGGUGUAUUCUACACUGAUUUUAUCGUAAUGUAUUAAUUAAACUAUUAUAAUCCUUAUAUACAUUGACAAAAUUACUACAAUCUGAUUGGUUAAGGGCCGUUAAGAGGAGUGCCAAAUUUUUCAUUAAUUGCACUCACCAAGAGGGCAAUGAAUAAUUUGAAAAAACAAAAUGGCGACUCGCUUUGUAAAUAUACAAACGAGUCUACAAUUCAUUUACUUAAAACAAAGCAGAUAAUGAAAAUACACAAAAAAUCAUUGACCGAAAACUCUCUUGCUGAACUUUCAAUAUUUUGAACUUGAACAAUUUUUUGUUGACGAAUCAACAACUUACGAUACGUUUUAUGUCGGACAUUUCGAAUAAAUAUUUGAACUUCACAUAAAUCUUAAUCCAUUUAUUGUUAAGGAAGCCUUUUAUAGUUAUUUCUUGUGCAUAAUUUAGAUAUUUAAAAAACAAAUCUUGAUUAUUUCAACCAUGAACGUUUCAACCGUCAAAUGUGUCAAAAUAUACAUGCGUUCUCUGCAUUCACGUGACAUCAAUACCGGGAGGGAUCACUGGAUAUAGCUAUAUGAAUUUUUCAUUUAUAAAUAAAUAAUUACACGGGCAAGUUGUGCAAUUAGUGAUUAGCUAUACUUGUUGGAAUGCUAUUUAGCCCGAAGUCAAUGUUAUCUGCCGACGCAAAGCCGAGGCGUAUAACAUUCCUAUCUAUUCGUAUAUCUGUUCUAAAUUUUUGUGCAAUUUGUCAUUUAGAAAACAACCUAACAGACACAAUACAUCGCUUGGAACUGAUUACCAGACAAGUUGGGUAAUGCAACUAUAACUAGUCCAUUCUAUAAUAGAAAGCAAACUACAUUUUACAUGAUUAUACUUUUGAAUUUUUAAUAUACAUGUAGUAUAAUGUAAAGUCAAACCAGAUGAGUUUCUUCCAGUUAUUGCAACAUUCUGUCCACUGCAUGAGAGAUUUUCAAUCGAUAUAUAGACCCUUUGAACAUUUGCCCUCAAGAACAAUGGCUCUAUUACUUGGGCAAUUGCUACAGGUAGAUAGUAUACUUCAAAAUAAGGUUUCCGUUUUUAUAUUAAUUUUUAAAAUAAGUUAGGGUUAGGUUAGGGUUGCGGUUAGGUUAGGGUUAGUAUUAGGGCUAAGGUUAGUAUUAGGGUUAGGGUUUAGUUUUGCGUUAGAAUGGUUUUUUUCAACGUUAUAAAAAUGGAAACCUUAUUUUGAAGUAUACUUUCUAGCAAUCGACCACAUUUUGAAAUCCCAAACAGUAUAAUCCUACAGUAUAUAAUCUCACCCCGUUAAUACGACCACCCGCAUCAAAUUUAGAAAACUCAAACGCCUGUGAACACUGGCACGGUAAGUAAACUGUCACAAAUGCAAAACAAAACAAGAACAGACUCGUUCUGAAAACGGAGGUCUCUGACUAUAUAAAUCAUUAUUGACUGAGUGAACACUAUAGUAACGACCUUUAUUUAAUUCAAUUUUCAAAAUAUUUCCACCAAGAAUUGUGUAAGGAUUAAGUUGUACGUUCAUACAAUUUAAGGAUUGUGGAGAUUUUGUCUUAAGGUUUUUGAGUUGUGCACACUCUAACAGCACGUACAUGUGAAGGGCUUUUGUACAUAUAGUUUGUCAUUCAUCGAAGAACACUUUUGAUAAGAAAGGAAAUUUUCGGCUGAAUCAAACUAAAAUUUCCGCAAGGUUAACGUCGAGUUUCCGAAAUAUAGAACUUGUAGGCUUUUACUUGUGAACGGUCUGUGUCAGUGUAUAUAUAGGUAACAAAAAGGCUGGGUAUUGAGAUAGAUUAUAACUACCUGAGAAAUUCAAGCAGGGGGAUCUAGCCUUAUCUGCAAGGAGGGUACAGUAUAGCAUAAUUCCAUUUAAAAUCAUGCAAAAAUUUCCAAUUAACUGGAUCAACUCGCAUCCCAUAUGACAUGGGAUUCAUGGUAUCGCCCACAUUGACCUUCUUGUUUUUACUCUUCGUGCACAAGGCAACAUGAACGAGAGGUAAAGACUUCUUGUCUGGGUAUUCAAUUGGAGUUUUUGUUAGUUGCUAAAAAUGAAGGACAAUGUUUUAUUAGAUCAGGGGCGGAUCUAGCCUCAUCUGCAAAGAAGGGUGCAUGUUUUCCAUGGGGUGGUACAUGCAUGGGAGGGCCUUAUUUCCUAGUCUCCUCUGCAGUCUGCUACUGUCCCAACAUUACCAUUAUUUGAGAUGGCCGAAUCUGCAUGUUCCCGGUUCUGUUACGUUUUACAUUUAACAAAUAUAAAACAUUUUCCGUGUUGAUAUACAGUUAUAUCAACACGAGUGGAAUUGGGAAAACGAGAAAUCGUAUGGAAACACGACGCCCGAAGGGCGGAGUGUUUUCAUACAAUUUCGAGUUUUCCCAACUUCCACGAGUGUUGAUAUAACUAUAUAUCAAUACGGAAAAAAUGUUUUAUAUUUUUUUUAUAAUAUAGCAAUGUCAAAAACCCGAAGGAUAAGAAAAACGUCCGUGUUUAAAGCGGCGAAAAAUUUCCCGUGUUGACAUUGAGUUAUAUCAACACGGCUCUUAGCCAAUCAGCGUUCAGAAUUUACAAAUGCUAUAUUAUAAUAUGUUUUGUUGAUAAAGUUUAUAUCGGCUUUAUAUCACGUAUGCAUGACUGGACAGUUGCUGUAGCACAUGAAGUACAGUAAAUUUGCCUGUUAAAUUCAGUGGUUAAAUUAAAUACAGUAUACUGUAUAUGUUUGAAAAUAUGGCUGUAUAUAUAACAGCCUCGACGUGUUUACAUUUUUAACCAUGCAUGAUAUUUAGCUAUAAAAUCAUUAUGAGUAUUCUCUCUUGAACUCACAAAUCAAUUAAAUCGUUUAAAAACAUCGAAACGCGCUAUCCGUAGAAGUUCCUCCUCUAUAAUCGCUAUUCGAAAAGUAUAAAAUGUAUGAUCAAGCAGCUUUUUAGGAUCAAGCAGCUUUUUAGGGUGGGCCUUGGCUUGGAACGUCGAGGUUCGGCUUUUUUUUUCAAGUAGUUGUAUAUCUCUCUCAAUCAGCAGCUUUUUUUAUUUUAAAGUCGUUUCAGUUAGGUAAUUGGUGAACACGCGCGGGGAGCAAGGGACACCUCCCCCCCGUAUACACGUAUUCACAAAUUAUUUGCAUGCCUAUAUAGCAAUUCGUUGGUACAUAGGCCGCAUGUUUAACUAAAAAAAAACGCCACUGUGGAGGAGAGAAAAACUCUACUAUAUAUAGAGUAACAGCAAAGUUUUGAAAACAAAUAAAGAUAAUAUAACUUAUUGGAUUCUUCUGAGCUCAAAAAGGCAAAAUAGACUGCAAUGUUGCAUGUGUAAAGUCGAAAUAACAUCCAGUUUCACGGGGAAUAACUCGAUUUCAUUUGUGGUUUUUGUUUAGACUGAAAUUUGAUGUCAGCACAACAUAUACUGAGUGUUUUAUUAGCUCUGACAUGUUUUAUGUUGAGGUACGUAUUGCAAUUUUCUGCAUGCCUAGAUUGAUCCAUGCGUUCAUUGGUGUAGGGGAGCGAAAAAAUAAGGGGUAGAAAGAAAUUGGCCUGACUGUUUUGCAUUGUGCCCGACUUAUCAAAAAAAAAUUUUCUGUGUAAAAUUCCCAAAUUCUUGUCUAUAGGGGCAGGGGAACAAAAAUUUCCGAAGGUGUUUAAAUUUUUGAAAACCUUACAUGCAUAUAUACAUGCAUUUUCGACUGCAUAUUAUCUUGCAUGUUUCUUGCUUUUAAAUUUAUUUCCCCCACCUUUUUGUCUAACUUCACUUUUUCUGUGUUCAAUUUUUCAAUUUGCCCAACUUCAAUUAGUAUAUAGGUAAUCACACGGGAAGGAGUGCAAUUAAUGAUUAACACUACUCGUGAUAUUUGAAAAAUGUGCCAAAAUUGCACGAGCCGCCUAAUCAUUAAUUGCACGACUUGCCCGUGUGAUUAUUUAUUUAUUAUAUACGUGACAAAAUCGCUUUCUUUAUAUUUCAACUGCAUUUUGUCAAGAGUUUUUAAUUCUUUUGUAAGCAAUUUGGUAUAAACAAACUUGGGAAAUGAUUAUAAACUCAUAAAGGCACAUAAUUUAAACUAGAACACAAGAUUCAAACUCAAACAACAUAUUUUAGACUAAGAAAAUCUUUAUAAAUUGUAUUUCAAACUUACAUAGUCGCGUUUCGCUGCAUCCCGCCAAGAUUAUUACUUAAGACUGUUUCCAGGUAUUUUCCACAGGCUCUUUUUGCCAUACAAUGUUUCUUAAACUCAUUCUUGUGACAAAAUUCAGUUAAAUUCGUCCACAUUUGUUAGAAAUACUCAUCUAAAUUUCGCCGCCAUAUUGGAUUUUGUUGUUUUGAUUUCCCGCUCCCCCCAGCCAUCACGAAAAUCAUUAAUUGCACUCCUGGAGAGUGCAAUUAAUAAUUGCACUCCUCUUAACCAAUCAGAUUGCAGUAAUUUGGUCAUGUAUAUAAUAAAUGCGUAAAAACAUGAAUCCCAAAGUGUUUGGAAUGCCUUUUACAUUGGUACUGAUUCUGUUCAAAAUGUGUUUUCCAGGUACAGUUACAAGAUAACGGCAACAUAUUAGAAGUGAAAGUUCAACAUUAUGGCGAUUUAGUGCCAGUGGUAAGACGUCAUGAACUUUUAACAUUAAAAUGGCAGUCGAGUCUGUUCUGCUCACGCGCGUGUCUUGUUUGUAGCCUAGCCUUUGCCGAGCAGAGUGUAUACCUAUUUUGUUUCAAACAAUAGAUAAUGCAAUAGACAAUUCCAGUUAUCGACUAAUUUUUUAUCUAGCCAUGUGAAAUUAGGGUUUUUUCAGUAUUUUAGUAUUACGCGCGGUAAACAGGGGUUUCACAAUGAUUUGAAGUAGGCGGUUGUACCAAAAAAGUAGCCGGCUGUGACCGAUAGUUAAAAAAUCGGGCGGGGAGGGGAGCGUGCCCUCGCAUGUAAAUUUAAAAAUUAACAAAUCGAAUAAUAUAGCAAAUCGCAAAUUAACAAUCAAAUAAUAUAGAAUAAGUAAAAAGACAAAGUACAACUGUUAACAUGUUAGAUUUAGACAUGCAAUUUUUAACGCCAUUGCCGUCGAUUGAUUUCAGGGAAAUUCGAGGUCUACUUGAAUUCCAAUUGGAACAUAACAAACAUCGUGUUGGUUCGUUUCUACCUUUGUAUAUAAAAUUUUUUCUGUGACCAGACGAAAAGUAGCCGGCGGUAAAAGUUCAAAUAGCCGGCGGAACUCCGCCGCGGCCGCCGGCUUAUUCUGAAACCCAAAAAUAACCAUUUUUGAGCCGAAAGUGGUUACUUUUACCGCGCGUAAUACUAAAAUACUGAAAAUUCGCGAAUUUCACAUGGCUAUAUUUUCCGUAUUUUACAACAUUUCGCAACCACGCAAACUUUGCAAUUUUACUAAUUUUAGGAUGCUCUUUCGAGCUAUAAUGAUAGAUUUCGUCUUUCUUGCAUCUAGAUAAAAAAUUAAUCGAUAGCUGGAAUUGUCUAUUAAAAUUAUCCAAUCUUUUUGGAAGAUAUUGCAUCUGUUGUUACAAAACUAACUUCAAUAUUAUUAUUGAAAGUUUAAUUCCAAGUAACGUCAUUUAUUAUUAGCAUGACAAAAUACUGGUUGCUGAUUGUUAGAGAGGAGUACAAUUAUUUCAUCAAUUGUACUGCAGUACAAUUAAUGAUUUUCUCAAAACAAACAAAAUGGCGGAAAGGUAUUUUAUUAAAACACAAAUUUGAAAUGAAAAUUCGAACAAAAGCACCAAAUUUUGGCUGAAAGUAUGGCAGGACUGGGCAUUGGCGAGAGAAUAUGAUGUUGACAUUGAGAAGUAUCCAAUUUUGUCAUGCUAAUAAUAAACAAGUAAGGAUGCGAUGUUGCUCGUACAAUUAUAGGUACUAUAAUAGUACUCGUGAUGUUUGGAAAUUUGCCAAAUUGGCCUCGCCAAUUUUGGCAAAAUUUCCAAACAUCAAUCGUAUACUAUUAAUCCCUAAUUGUACUCGCCAUCGCAUGAUUACCUAUUCUAAUAGUUGAAAGCUUUUGUUCAUGGAAAUUUCGAGCGGAAAUAUAUAUAAUUUUGGACCCUGGUUGCGAGAAAUGCAACUACAGGCCCUCUGGCACGAAUCGAACCUGCGGCCCUGCGAUUCCGAUGUAGCGCUCUAACCAACUGAGCUACAGAGUGCAGUUGUCGAGCUGCAUUUUUCGCAGCUGCUCCUGUAUGGUUAG